AGGUGGGUGGGAGAGCCCAGCCGGGCCUGGAGAGGGGAUAGGGGGGAGUGUAGGAGGGUAGGGAUGGAGCUGAGAGUCCCCAGGAGGCGGGGGGCCCAGGAGCCUGUAGCUUCCUUCCUCCGGGACCCGAGCACAGGGCGCAUCUACAGGCGGGGGCGACUGCUGGGCACGGGUGCUUUUGGCAGAUGCUACAAACUGACCGACAUGUCGACCAAUAGAGUCUUUGCCCUCAAGGUGGUGCCCCGGGGAAGACUCGGUGGGCUGGACCAGUGGGGGAAGAGGGGACUACCUUCUCGCCGGCAGGUGGAACGGGAGAUUGAGCUCCAUAGCCAGCUCAGGCACCGGAACGUGGUUGGCUUCCACGGGCACUUUGCUGACCAGGACAAUGUCUAUUUGGUGCUAGAGUACUGCAGCCGCAAGUCCUUGGCCCAUGUCCUGAAGGCCCGGAAGACGCUGACUGAGCCUGAGGUCCGCUAUUACCUACGGGGCAUUGCAGCUGGCCUCCGCUACCUCCACCAGCAGGGCAUCAUCCACAGAGACCUCAAGCUCAGCAACUUCUUCCUUACCAAGAACAUGGAGGUGAAGAUUGGUGACUUGGGGCUGGCGACCAAAGUGGGGCCUGGGGGGCGCUGCCAUGGGGGGCUCUGUGGGACACCCAACUACCUGGCCCCAGAAGUUGUCUCCCGCAAGGGUCACUCCGUCCAGUCGGACAUCUGGGCUCUGGGCUGUAUCAUGUACACGGCGCUGACGGGCUCCGCCCCCUUCAAGGCUAGCCCACUGCCUGAAAUGUAUCAGAACAUCCGCGACGCCCGUUAUCCCGUGCCCACUCACCUGUCGCCCAAUGCACGGAGGCUCAUUGCCCGCUUGCUGGCCCCCAACCCCACGGACCGGCCCAGCCUCGACCAGGUCCUGGAAGAUGACUUCUUCACUCAGGGCUUCACCCCAGACCAGCUGCCUCCGCGCUCUUGCCACACAGCGCCCAUUUUCACCAUCCCCCAGCCCUUGGACAAACUCUUCCAGAAGGCCACCCAACUGUUCCUAGCCGUGGCCCAGCGCCGGACCCCGCGAUCAUUUGUCCCAAAGAUGCCAACAGUCCCAGCCCCUGAGGACCCCCAGAAGACUCCCAGGGAGGCAGGCAAUGAGGGCCUUUCCCACCCUCCCCAUAAGGCUGAAGCCCCUGAGGAAGAAGCUCAUCCCCAGGCACCCUACCUGGAGCCCCCCAUCCACGUCCUGCUCCGGAGGAGCCUCAGGGGUCGCCCUCCGGGCACAGAGGAGAGCCCGGGGAGCCCGGGGGAUGGGGUGGAGGUGGCCACGAGGCUCCUGCGGAAUUGCCUGGACUCGAUGCCCGCAGGGCAGCGGGAUCCCCCCGGGCAGCAGCGGCCGGUGCUCUGGGCCACCAAGUGGGUGGACUAUUCUAACAAGUACGGCUUUGGCUACGAGCUUUCCGACGGCAGCACCGGGGUCCUCCUGCGGGAUGGCACCCACGUCGCGCUCCAGCCGGCCUUGGGGUGCAUAAGCUACUGUCCGGUUCAGGGCGAGGCGGUGACCUUUACCUGGAGGGAGAUUCCCGACUCCCUGGCCACCAAGGUGGCCGUGCUGCAGCUCUUCACCCGCUACAUGCAGCGUUGGCUGUUAGAGGGUGGGAGUCUCCCUACGCAGCCCAGCCUCAAUCCUGGCCCGGGCUUCUCCCUGCUCCACUUCCUCAAGUCGGACCAGGCCCUGCUCCUGCUCUUCAGCGAUCAGACUAUGCAGGUCAACUUCUACCACGACCAUACCAAGCUGCUCCUGAACUGGGCCGGAGAAGAGCCCCUGCUAACCUACAUUGAUCAGGAGCGGCGGGCCACCUCGCACCCACUGGGCAUCCUGCAGGGCCAGGGCUGCAGCGAGCCCCUGCGCCAGCGCCUCUACUACACCCUCCACCUGCUCCAGACCCUCUAGCACCUUUCCUUGACCCUCCGGGAUGCCAAGGGGAGGAGGCAGGGGUCUGCGGGGCAGCUGUCUCCACCCCAAUGAUGAGAAGAAGUCAGAAAGGCUGCCGAGGAAAAACUGCAAGUAGGGAAGAGUCGGUGACCCGUGGACUAAGGGGGCAAAGAGCAGAGGAGGUACAGAGGGGCAUUAGCAGGUGCAGCUGGGAUGAGGGAUCUGGGGAGAAAUGGAAAAUAGGAGAGAUGCUUUGGAUGGUGAAAAGGAAGAUGAAGGCAAAAAGCUGGGGGGGGUGACAGGUGUAAGGAGAACUCUAAAGUUUAGAGUCAAGAGGAAGGACUAGACCCAGGACUAGAACCCAGGCUCCUCACUCACUCCAGGCUGCCCCUUCCAGGAAAACCAGCCGUUAAUGAGGGUGGAGUGAGAUGAGAGCCAAAAAUGAGGGCAAAAGCGAAGGCAAGUGGAACAAGGAGAGCUGGAGUUUCCUUUGGCCACCAUUGACCCACUGAGUUCCAGGCUGGUAUUCAGCCCGGGCUGAAAAAACACCCCCAAACCAAAAUGAAAUUCAAAGGCAGAAUGUAAAGCUCUGCUCUUGGGUUCAAAAAGGAACUACACAAGAAUAAGAUGGGGGAGAUGCAGCCAGAAAGAUCACGUGGAGAGGAUCUGGGGGUUUCAAUGGACUACACAGUUCAUAUGAAGCAACACAGACAUUGCAGCCCCCAAAGCUUGACAGUCUUGGGCUGUCCAAGAGAGAAAGGGCAUCGAGAAGGAAGAAGGCAGGAGACAUGCGGCUUCCUGCCUUGGUCAGAUAUCUAGAAGACAGUGUUCAGAUUUAGGAAGGGCAUUGGUAAGUGGGAGCUCGUCCGAAGGAUGGACAGCAGUGAAAGGCCUGAAAGUUUUGUCAUGCCAGAUCAGCUGAAGGAACUCGGGGAUGUUGGUCAGUGGAGGAUGAGGCGCAUGACAGUUAUUUGGGGCUUUCCCCCCAGUAUCUGAAGGCUUGUUAUGUGGAGCAGGGGCGAUUGCCUUAUUUCAGAAUCGUUCUGCCUGCCCUUGGAGGGCAGACCUAAGAGCGUUGAAUGGAAGUUUUGGGAAGGAAAUUUAGGAGGAAUCUGUCCGAUGGAUUGCUCCAGAGGUGGGGGGGGGUGCUUCUUGUUGGGGAUAUUGUCACAGAUUCAUCUUACAGGAAGGGGUCCUCCGAAGUUUCCCCCAACUCUGUGAUCUUAUGGUUGUAAUGUGGGAGAGGGGGUGAUGGGCCCUGCCCCUGCUGGAUCUGGCCUGGGGCAGGCAGGCACAGGCCAGGAGGCCCAGGUGGGAGCUGCAAUGGGCUCAAGGCGCUGGACUGAGUGUCUCCUAAAUGAUCUUUUUCAUUAAAGAACAAAGCUGGGA